AUGUCCAAGUACGGGGACGGCAACUUCUGGCGAUCCAUAGCAGACCAGUUGCAGAAUUGCGGCCCAGAUGAUCCCAUUCACGAAUGUUUCCCAAACGGCAUGGCCAAGAACAUCCUGGAUCAGGCUGAAGAAUUCUUCAACCUGGCGGAUAAAAAGCUCCACACUUUCCCCUUCAAGGAUGUUCAGCCCUGUUGGUUCCGCCUCUACACUGACGCCAGUAUCGUUAAAGUAUUGAAAAUGCUUGACCUCACUUCUCCUACCUGGGAAGAUUCGAGGCUAUCUGAGUCUCUAACGAUUCAUUUCGACGAGAUUGUGGCCAUCCUAGACAUGUCCUUGAUCAUGGCCGGAGGUCUGCGACGAGAACAGAUGAUUCACGACAUCUUGGCCAGAUUGCAAGCUGCCAGCGUAAGUGACGAAGGAGACAAGGGACGCCCUCGAAAGAGGAGGCGGGUCGACGGUAACUGUGAGUCUGGUGACUCUCUCAACGAUUCCCUACCUGCAGACAGCGUCUCUAUACCUACCAUCCAAUUUCCCGUUGUUCAAAUGGAUCAGCCAACCCUCACAAAGUUCUCCCAUCACAUUCAGCAAGUACGAGAACCUAUGGUCUUGACAAAUAUCAUAAAUCACUGGCCGGCUCUGGAGAAGUGGCAGCGGACCUCGUUCUGGCUCGACGCCACGAUUGACGGCCGUCGCCUCGUUCCCAUCGAAGUUGGGCGGAGCUACACUGAUGAUGACUGGAGCCAGAAAAUUGUACCCUUUAGAGAGUUUCUACGUGGCCACUUACUGCCGUCGUUGAAUGAUGGAUCCACCGGAGUUCCUAGAAGUAGUGACCAGACAGGAUAUUUGGCGCAGCACGAUCUUUUCAAACAGAUUCCAGCUCUUCGAAACGAUAUUGCAACCCCAGACUACUGCUACCUCGAUGCUCCGCCUGCUGAGCCUAACACUCCAGUGGCCUUGAGCAAGGCAAAGGAAGGUGUAAAGAAGACAAUUCAUCCCAAGACCACACCUGCAUGUCCUGAUGUGUCCGACAACGCCGACGCCGACAAGACCGAGCCUGGAGACGAGGCCCAGACCAAUAUCUGGUUUGGUCCGGCAUGGACGAUCUCUUCACUCCAUCACGACCCAUACCACAAUAUCCUGUGCCAGGUCGUGGGGAGAAAGUACGUGAGACUCUAUUCGCCACAUCACAGCAAAGCAUUACUGCCUAGACGUGACGACGAGCCUGCUCCUCAUGUACUCUCUCCUGCAAAAGCAGGUGGCGUGAAGGAUGCCGUAGAUGAUGGAGAGCCGCAUGGCGAAACAAUUGACAUGUCGAACACUUCUCAAGUUGACAUCGCCGCCAUUGAACUGUCCCCUCUUGAAGACUGGGACGAGAUAUACCCCGGGAUUGAUCAAGUGCCCUACGUCGAGUGUGUCCUCGAGGCUGGCCAGGCGCUCUAUAUACCUAUAGGGUGGUGGCACUACGUCCGGAGCUGUUCCGUAGGAAUAUCUGUGAGCUUUUGGUGGUGA